AUGGCGAGUCCUGGCCAGAAAGUGGUGCUCAUCACCGGCUGCUCCUCCGGUAUCGGUCUGAGGAUGGCCGUGAUGCUGGCCAAUGAUGAACAGAAGCGCUACCACGUCAUAGCCACGAUGCGUGAUCUGAAACGUAAAGAUAAACUGGUCGAAGCUGCUGGGGAUGCAUAUGGGAAAACUCUGUCCCUGGCCGUACUGGACGUCUGCAACGAUGAGUCUGUCACACAGUGUAUCAACGGCAUCAAAGAUCGUCACAUCGAUGUCCUCAUCAAUAACGCAGGUAUCGGCCUGGUUGGUCCAAUAGAGAGCAUCCCUAUCGAAGAGAUGAAGAAAGUGUUUGAGACCAAUUUCUUUGGGGUGAUCCGCAUGAUCAAGGAGGUGAUGCCUGAUAUGAAGAAAAGGAAAGGAGGACACAUCAUCGUGGUCAGCAGUGUCAUGGGACUGCAAGGAGUGGUAUUUAAUGACGUGUAUGCAGCUUCCAAGUUUGCCAUGGAGGGCUUCUGUGAGUGUUUGGCUGUGCAGCUUUUGAAGUUUAAUGUCACUAUGUCUCUGAUAGAGCCGGGUCCGGUGCACACAGAGUUUGAGGCGAAGAUGAUUCAGGAUGUGAGACAGAAGGAGUUCCCUGGAGCCGAUCCUGAUACAGUACAUUACUUCAAGAACGUCUACCUUCCCUCUUCUGUGGACAUCUUUGAGACACUGGGACAAACACCCGAUGACAUCGCCAAAUGCACCAAGAAAGUGAUCGAAGCAAGCAGUCCGCGUUUCCGCAACAUGACCAACCCCUUGUACACGCCCAUCGUAGCACUGAAAUACGCAGAUGAAACCGGUGGCCUGUCUGUCCACGCUUUCUACCACAUGCUCUUCAACCUGGGUCCUCUCAUGCAUGUCAGCAUGACCGCCAUGAAGUACCUCACGUGUGGAUGUCUGAGGAGCAGGACGGUGUCACCAAACUAG